AUGAUAGGACCACCAGACCCAGUCUCUAACUUAAGAAGGAUUGUUUUCAAGCAACCGGUCAAUGAAAGUGGAUUAGAGGAAAGAUACAGAAAGCUGCGUAUUGAAGUUCAAGAAUGGAAUCAAAAAUUUUGGACACAGCAUAACUCAAGAUUCUUUCAGGAGCGGGAAGAAUAUUUAAAGAAGAAUUUACCGGAUGGCAAACAAAAUCUUACAGCUGAUGAAAUGAGCGUGUUUUACAAAUCUUUCCUUGACAAAAAUUGGAAAACACACAUUACAUACAACAUGGAAUGUCGAUUUGUAGUCCAAACAAAAGAUAAACUGUUACGCACAGAUAUGGGGGCCGAGAUUCAACAGUUUUUGACUACUACCGCUUCUAUAGCACAAUUCAAAGAUUCACAGGAACCUGAUGUCGGAACUCAAACCAGACAUAGCAUAGAACUCCCAGGUUCGGAUGAAAUUAUUAGUUUGGCGCCGUUAUUAUCAGAAGCUCCAAGGCUAGUAGGUCUUCCUGGUUCCGAGGCGUUCCAGAUUUUCUUGAAGAACUCGAGGGAUUUUAACAUACCCCUGACGGCAUCUUCUAAAAUUCCAAUAUCAUACGCG